UAUCGCGGUCUUCGGUAUGUCUUCCCCCGGAUGCAGUCAAUUGAUUCUCACCUAAGAAACGACUUACAGUCUUUCGCUGGCCACUCAAGGAUCGUUGCUCUGGAAGCUCGACCGAGAAGCCCCUCGGCCAACCUCACGCGGUUUGCACCCGACCGCCGACAUUGGGUGCUCUACGAGACCGCCCAGGAGCACGAAUUCUUAUCGUGGUGGCUGGAGACCGAAUAUGGACAACAGCUGACCAAAAAUGGACAAUACAAAUUCAGAUGGUCGACUGAGUCGCGUUGCUCGGAGGUGUGGAGGCAGUUUGAUCAGGUGGCAGAGCUCAGAAGCAAGGAGAAGGUGUCCGUUUCUGCUGUCACCCUAGGCCCAAUCCAGGAGGGCCGUGCGGUCUUUCCCCGCGAGAGGAGCAGAUUCACCAAGGCGCAGCUCAAAGAACAGCUUCUGCGGACAAUUACGUCCGCAAAUCUUCCAUUUGGGCUCACGGAAGAACCCACAUUCAGGGAAUUGUUGAACCUGGUCUAUGCCGGACCACAAAUUUUGGAGCUUCCCUCGUCAAAUCAACUCCGCCAACAUUUGCACGAUGUGGCAAAUACAUACCAAGAAUCACAACUGCAGGAUCUGGCCGGGGACUCCAAAGUUUCGAUUGCUUUGUGCUGUUGGAAAAGUCCGCUCGGGCACGACUUUCUGGCUACUACUGCGUAUUACUUUGACAAAGAGUGGAGCUACCGAGAAGUGCUGCUUGGAUUCGAGCUACUACGCAGGCCCGAGACAGGGACUGACCCGGGUGAUCAAUUACUUGCACUGAUCAGGAACAAAGGGCUGCUUGGUCGGGUAUUCAGCGUGACAAUUGACUACAGGGUCGACGAGAAUCUGGUGCUGCCACUACAAGAGAAGUUAAUUUCCUCUGGUGGUAUCAGCCGUUUGCAGUGCUUUGUUGGGGUUCCUGGCACAGUGCAGGCCAUCCAGCUCUGUCUUCGGCGGUAUAUCGAAAACAUCACAAGCUCCCCAGAAAGGGAAAGGGUUGAGAAUGUGCGAGCAAUAUCACACGUCAAUGGUUGGACUGAACCUUCAGAUGGCGAAGAAAUAAUGUGUGUUUUGGAAAAGAUUCGAUCGUUUGCAAAGUUUGUCAACGAGACCCCCGGGAAGCGCGAUGAAUUCUCGUGUCUUCAGCCCCCAGGGAUUCGACUCUUGCCGUUGGACGAUGCAAACGCCCGCUGGAAUUCGGUGUUUUUGAUGUUGAAGCGAGCCAGCAGAUUGCGAAGAUUUAUCGACCAGUACUGCCAGGAAAGGGGGAAUUUACGGUACAAAUUGACGAAUACGGACUGGCGCAAGGUUGACUACGUCGUGCAGCUGACAAUGCCAUUCAUCCAGUUCACUACAGCCCUCCUGGCCUCGAAAGAGGCGACAGUCCACAAAGUCUGUUUCGUGUUCAAGAUACUAAUGACGCAUAUCGACCAGUCAGCUGAAAUAUUGAGAAGAAAAUCAGCCCCAUGGAAGCGGACACUACUUGAGGCGUCGCUUGUCAUGAAGAUGGAACUUGGAGAAGUCUACGAAAAGACAUUUCAAGACUUUGGGGUCAUGUAUGGCACUGGAACUUUUGUUGCGCCCCAAUAUAAAGUGUCCGCAUUCGAUGGCGCCUCGUCAUGGCAAGGCUUGGGCCAUCCCGAGCGCCACAUCGAAUAUCUGAGGAUCUUUCACCUACAGUAUCGGCCGCAAAUGCCCACGAGCUUGUCUUGUGUGAAUGGACUGUCUUGCUCUCCACAGUUGUUGGGGCUCGACCGGCUUCUGCAUCCACUAGCUGGUCUGGCGGGUAGUUCAAGGAGUGGACAAGAUGAAGUUGAUCAAUAUCUCCGCGAAGAUGUUGUCAAUAUCUCGCCAUGCGCUUACUGGAAAGACCAUCAACACGAAUGGCCUGUUCUCACUCGACUGGCUCGAGAUCUACUCUCCAUUCCGGCUACAGGUGCUGGCACAGAGCGACUUUUCACAGUUGCACAAAAGAUCUGCCAUGCGCAUGGGGAAUAUUUCGAUGAGUCGACCAUCCAAGACCUAGUGAUGUAUGCGUACUCGGAGGAAUCUGAAACAGGGAAGCAAUUGAUCAGCCGGGUAGAACGUAACAAGGCAAGUAACGAAGAGUGGGAGGAGUUCGAAACAGAGGCAGAAAGGCCUGAACCGAUCAGCGAGGAUGAGUGGAGUCCAGCUGAAGCGAGAAUUGACGAGCGCCCAGAGGACGACGAAAACAGCGAGGCAGACACAGUGAUUCUGGAAAGCGCACCUACGGAUGAUCUGGGGCAGAAUAUGGCAGAUGAAGGCGAGGAGGACUCAUUUCUGCCUACGCCUGUCACGCGGCUCAUCAAUAGCAUUCGAAGAAGAUUCUCAGGCAGAACGACAGUGAUCUAG